UUUUGACAGUAAGGACUUGUAAGUUGAAAUGCGUCUGGUUAUCGCUGAUCGAAUUACCGUCGGCUUCACACUUUGAAGAUGGCAGCCAUUGAAAACACACCGACAGCUUCUGAGGGCGAGAUCACCGAAACCGAUCAGUCUGAUGGAUAUGACAAGAAAUGUAUUUUCUGUAAAAUCAUCAACGGGGAGAUGGGAACGGAGCUCCUGCACAACGAUGAGGAAAUAUCCUGUUUCAGAGAUAUACACCCUGGAGCUCCUCAUCACUAUCUAGUGGUGCCAACUAAACAUGUAGGGAAUUGUAAAUCUCUUGGCAAGGAGCACAUACCAUUAGUUGAGAAGAUGGUGGAGAUGGGGAAAGAGAUACUUCAGAAGAACAAUGUUACUGAUUUAAAUGAUGUUAGGUUUGGGUUUCAUUGGCCUCCAUUCUGCUCCGUCACACACUUGCAUCUCCAUGUACUUGCCCCCACCAGUCAGAUGGGCUUUUUGUCCCGUUUGGUCUACAGGCUUAACUCCUAUUGGUUUGUCACGGCCGACCAGUUACUCGAAAGGCUGAACUCGAUGAGCUAAAUAGAGAAAGUUGAAGAAACUCCAAUUACAAUUGUGAUUGUAAUGCCCAGAGCUGUGUACUCAUAACAGGAGUUCAGUUCAGUCUAUCCACGAUGAUGAAAUGUGACAGAUGCAUGCCUCGAGGCUAUAAUACUCAUUAAUGAUACGUUUGCUGUUUGUUAUUUUGUCAUUCUCUGCCAGACAGCCUAAUGAAAUUUGCAGCUACAGAAUUACAGCUACAUGUGAAUUGUUUUGAAAAAGCCUGCUGAAUAAUAAUUACAUUGAUAGACUUGACAGAAACAUUAAUCUUUUACGGUGAACAAUUGGGUUGGAUCUAAUUGGACUAAAAUACGAUUUUCUGUUGAACUAAUAAGACUUUCUAACUAUGAAUGAGUUAUAAAUGUCUCGAGUAUUGACUUUGGUCUUUGACCUCACAUGUAAGUGAAGUGCUAAUAGGCCAGAUCUUUGAAUAGUAGCAGACCAGAAAUGAUUUUAACAACUACACUCAUCUAAAGGA